AUGAAGUACGCGCAGCUGGUCAUGGGCCCGGCGGGCAGCGGCAAGUCGACCUACUGCUCGACCAUCUACAACCAUUGCGUGAACGCGAAGCGGCACGUGAUGUGCGUCAACCUGGACCCGGCCUGCGAGCAGUUCAACUACCCGGCCACUGUUGACGUCCGGGAUCUCAUCAGCGUCUCCGAUGUGCAAGAAGACGAAGAUCUAACGUUGGGCCCGAACGGCGCGCUCGUGUUUUGUAUGGAGUACCUCGUCCAAAACCUCGACUGGCUGCACGAGCAGCUCAACGAGGGCGAGGACGACUAUUUCCUGUUCGACCUCCCCGGCCAGAUCGAGCUCUACUCCCAUUUGCCAGUGAUGCGACAGAUCGUAGACGCGCUGCGGAGUUGGGACUUUCACGUGUGCUCCGUGUUUCUCAUCGACACCCAAUUCGUGCUCGAGCCCGCAAAGUUCAUGGGAGGUGCGCUGGCGGCCCUGUCGACAAUGGUCGCUAUCGAGACCCCGCACAUCAACGUGCUAACAAAGAUGGACUUGUUGUCGGAAAGUAAUAAGGCGCUCGUUGAAGAGUUCAUCGAAACGGAUAUGCGGCAUCUUGUCGACCAGGACGGGCAUUUGUGGCACGAGAAGCACCGGAAGCUGACAGAGAGCAUCGCCACGGUGCUAGAAGAGUACUCGCUCGUCAAGUUCCACUGCCUCGACACCACCGACGACGAGUGCAUCGGCGAUCUGCUGUUGAUCAUCGAUUCGACCAUUCAGUACGGCGAGGAUUUAGAGGUAAAAGAUCGUUUCCCAGAAGAGAUGGACGACGACGCGGAGACGACCGAUUUCGACAUUGGCGGAAGAUUU